AUGACAAACGCCUUGACAAUCAAGAACAAGGCUGGACUCGUGAAUGGAAGUAGUUCCAGACCAGCUGAAGAGAACAAUGAGCAGAUGCAAUGGGAUCGUGUGGACACGCUGGUUAGAACCUGGCUCAUCGGUUCCAUGACAAAGGAGCUCUCAAAGAGUGUCAAACACUGCAAGUCGGCUCGAGCCAUUUGGCUUGAGCUCCAAGAGAGGUUCUCUCAAACCAAUACUGUGCAAUUAUUCAAUGUUGAAAAUGCAAUUCAUGAAUGUAAACAGGGCAACGAGACUGUCACAACCUUUUACAACAGGUUGAAGGGUCUUUGGGAUGAAAGGGAUGCCCUAUGUGACUUGUCCACAGAAGGUGUCAAAGUUCAAAACUACAUCAACACCCAGAAGACAAUGCAGUUCCUAAUGGGUUUGAAUGAUAGCUUUUCAGUCAUUCGUGGAAGCAUCGUGGCUAUUGACCCUCUUCUGACCGUGAACAAAGCGUUUGCCAUAGCACUCCGCCAUGAAAAACAAGCAGAAGCCAUGACCGGCAUCAAAGGAGCCCCUGCUCAGCCUGAGGGCGCUGCCUUCACGGUGCGUAAUGCGGCACAGGAAGAAAACUCUGAAGGGAGGAAGAAGUGUGCCAAAUGGAACAAAGAUAAUCACUAUACUAAGAACUGCAAAGCACACCUUAAGUGCACUUUCUGUGGCUUCAAAGGUCAUGUGAUUGAAGAUUGUAGAAAGAAAAAGGCAGCUUUGGAAGGCAUACAAGCACAAGCUAGAGGAAACAAUGUGUCCUCACUGUUUGACAAGGAAGGCAGCCCACGCAGCUUCCCUUUCUCAAAGGCCGAGUGCAAUGAAAUCUUCGAGCUCCUCAACAAAAACCACACUGCAUCAGCAAAUCAUGCUGGUAAUACCUCAUCUUAUGAGGAACUCUCAGGUAAAGCUUUUGGCUUUCGUAAUGAUACAAAGACCAGUGUAUGGAUCUUGGAUAGUGGUGCCACCGAUCAUAUG